CAAGGUUCCUUCUUCCUUCUGUACCCCGGCUAUAAGUGAAUUCCCGAUACACUUCAUAAAAUUUUUAAUGAAUAGUAACGAUGAACAGUUAUCGGGUCAUCAUCCAUACAAGUUUGACUACGUCAUGAUUAUUCGCCCUUGCCUGCCCCCUUCCUAAUAAACAACAGCAACAUAAUUGGGUGUGAGGAGAUUUAAAAUCACUCGUAUCGCCGCUUAAUUGUUGUCCUUGGAAUCAGAGGCGAAAUAGCAUCCUUGCAUUCUACUGAUAGGGUUCAAUUGCCUUCGACACGGAACACGCGAUGACUGCGCCGGGUUCGUUGCGCCACACGCUGCGUCUUUGUGCGCGCGCGUCUUAGUUGUGCGUUCUCCAGCUGUUGCUUAUUUGCGUUUCUGGCCAGGGCCUAGCAAACUGACGGGGGUCACCUCUACAUCCAACCCCACUGUGCCUGGAAGUGUUUCUAAAUUCAGCGACGUGCGUGCGGCAGCACUGGUCUUGCUGACAGACAGCAAGAGCGACCAUCGGCGAAGCCUUGACUGUAGGUUUCACUGCUGGGGCAAGUAGCUACGGCGCGUCCACAAUGACAAAGCUACACGACGAAAUAGAAGAGAGGAUGAAGCGAACAUGAUAACCGCCGAUGGCCUCCCGAAGCUCGAGGCGACUCCGGCUGCAGCACGGCCGGCACUAGAGAUGCUCCAUCUCCUCUCCGCGGUCUUCGUAUGGCUGGUAACGGGGACCACUAUAUCCAGUCUUAACAAAUGGAUCUUCGCCGUGUACAACUUCAGGUACCCGCUGCUGCUGUCGGCGCUACACAUGCUGACGGCCAUAGUGGUGGACUACGGGCUGAUCAAGUUACGGCUGGUCCAGCACAGGGCGGGGGGUGAGCAAGACCUGACAGCCAGCGCCAAGUUCAAGGUCUUUUUGCUCAGCCUGACGUUCUGCGCCAGCAUAGCCUUCGGCAACGUCGGUCUCAACUACGUCCAACUGUCCUUCGCUCAGAUGAUCUACACUACCACGCCGCUCUUCACCCUGGCCAUCUCCACACUGGUCCUCGGCAAGCAGCACCACAUCCUGAAGUACACUGCUAUGAUGCCCAUCUGCCUGGGCGCAUCCUUCAGUGUCAUGGGCGAGGUUCAGUUUGACCAGACCGGCUGCUUGUUUGUGUUCGCCGCCACCAUGCUACGAGGAGUCAAGAGCAUUCAACAGAGUAUCCUCCUCCAGGAGGAGAAGAUCAACUCGGUGUUCCUGCUCUACCUGAUGUCCAUCCCCAGCUUCUGCAUCCUGGCGGUGGCGGCGCUGGUCCUGGAGAACUGGUCGGGGCUGGAGUGGCCGCCGCAGUACGACCGGCGCCUCUGGCUCCUGGUGCUGCUCAGCUGCCUGGGCUCGGUGCUCUACAACCUGGCCAGCUGCUGCGUGAUCACGCUCACCUCCGCCGUCACGCUGCACAUCCUGGGCAACCUGAGCGUCGUGGGCAACCUGCUGCUCUCGCAGCUGCUCUUCGGGAGCCAGCUGUCGGCGCUCAGCUGUGCCGGGGCGGCGCUCACGCUCUCCGGCAUGCUCAUGUACCAGAACUCCGAGCUCAUCGGGCGCUACCUGGACUCGCGGUGGGCCGCGCGGGCCCGGGCAGAGGCGGGGGCGGGGGCGGGGCAGGCUCAGGGAGAGGCCCGGCCGGGCGGCGGUGGCGGCGAGGGAGACGCCGAUCGUAAAGCGGACGGGAAGAUGGACUGA